ACAUGAGCUAAGGGACCAUAUUAGUUUAAACAGGGGCUCGAAGCUGCAUUUGAAAGAGAGAGGACCCUUUCUCUCCUGGUGGACACUUGUCUUUCAGAAGACUUCUGCUGACUGAGAGUCGAGAUUCUUAUUGAAGAGUUCUGCAGUUUGAAUUCUGCAGAUUGUUUCUGUCUUCCGGAAGGGAUUCUCUACUUUUAGAGUGGUUCAAACUCUAGGAUGUCCUCGUAUAGAUGUCAAGAGAAGGGAAUACUGAAAAGCCAUGAUUGUGUCCUGAUUUACAAAUCAGAGACAGAGGGCGAUGAAAACCCCACAGCAGAUGGUGGCUUCAUGGGACUCACCAGCAGGAUGCUGAAAGUGAAGAGGCUGGAGGAGAUCAGUUCCUGCUGCAGCAGCAACCCACUGGAGAAAGUGGCCUUCUUCCAGUGCAUGGAAGAGGUUGAAAAGGUGAAAUGUUUUCUGGAAGAAAAGUCUAGCAAACUGGAUUUGAGCUCUGGAGAUGAAGAGGCUGAGGCAAAGGGCUGGGCCAACCCUGAACUGAAUGAAAGGACAAAUGUCACAGGUGGAAGGACAUCAGCUCUCACAGAGAGAUCUACCCAGAAGAACCAGUUCUCCUCAGAGAAAGAAAAUGUUAACAAACUCAACAAGAAAAAUGCUGAGAAGACCAAUGCCUCUGUUGUGCAGACAAGUUUUGCCACGUGUCACAUAGAACGAGACAAGGAAGGAGAUGUUGUUCCAAGGAAUUACGCAGAGCCUGGAGAGAAUGCAGAUGGAAAAGAUGGUCCAUGCAGAGAGAACCUGGAGAGACGAAAAGACAUCACUGGAGAUGAGCACCGCACUGAGGAUAAAAAUGGAUGUCCGUUGUUCAAAGGAGAGAAAAAUGGGCUUCCUUCUAAGGAUGAUAACAAAGGAAGAGAAGCUCAGAAAGGAGGAUCAGCAGCUGCAAAUGAACCAGUGCUGGGCAAACAUUCAAGUGAAAAGCAGCACAUUGAUGAAGUGAAUGGUGGUCCGUCCCAUGGAAGGUGCAUCAGUAGUGUGAAGGCCAUUUCUACACCAGGAAUUCUGGGAAACUCCACAACAGGAUCCGCUUUCCAGAAUGCUGAACAGACAGAGUCUGCUGGCAGCAGUAAGCGUAGAGUGACAGAGGAAUGCUUCCUCAGUGAAGACCAUAAAAAGAGCAGAAUCGAUGUAGUGGGUAUGGGGGAAGAGCCCGCAGUUAGAAGGACAGAGGAAACCAGACAAGCCCAGGAUGGAAUGAGGACCUCUGGAGAGGAAGACCUGGUUCGCCCACUGGAUGAUGUCCCUGCUCCUGCUGCCCCAUUUGAUCAUCGUGUUGUAACAGCCAAACACGCCUCGGUCGACAGUCUGUAUACUGUGAGCAAAACUGAAAUCCUAGGAGGGGGGCGUUUUGGCCAGGUUCACAAGUGUGAAGAGAAAGCAACAGGUUUGAAGCUGGCUGCUAAAAUCAUUAAGAUCAGAGGUGCAAAGGACAAGGAGGAUGUGAAGAAUGAGAUCAGCAUCAUGAACCAGCUGGACCAUGUGAACCUCAUUCAGCUCUAUGAUGCCUUCGAAUCCAAGCAUGACAUCAUACUGGUCAUGGAGUAUGUGGAUGGUGGGGAGCUGUUUGAUCGCAUCAUUGAUGAGAACUACAACUUGACAGAGCUCGACACCAUCCUGUUCAUUAAGCAGAUCUGUGAGGGGAUAAGGCACAUGCAUCAGAUGUACAUCCUCCACUUGGAUCUGAAGCCUGAGAAUAUCCUGUGUGUGAAUCGGGAUGCAAAGCAAAUAAAAAUUAUUGAUUUUGGAUUGGCCAGAAGAUACAAACCCAGAGAGAAGCUGAAGGUGAACUUCGGAACUCCAGAAUUUCUUGCCCCUGAAGUUGUGAACUAUGAUUUUGUUUCCUUUCCUACCGAUAUGUGGAGUGUGGGCGUCAUCACAUACAUGCUACUCAGCGGUUUGUCCCCUUUUCUGGGCGAUAAUGAUGCAGAGACACUGACCAAUAUCCUGGCAUGCAGGUGGGAUUUAGAGGAUGAAGAAUUUCAGGACAUCUCAGAGGAGGCCACGGAGUUCAUCUCUAAGCUCCUGAUUAAGGAGAAGAGUUGGAGAAUAAGUGCCAGCGAGGCUCUCAAGCACCCUUGGUUGUCAGACCACAAGCUCCACGCCAGACUGAAUGCACAGAAGAAGAACCGCAGCUCUGGUGCUCAGAACCUCAUGACCAAAUAGUUCAUGAAGGCGCCUAUCUAAAAGGAAAACGGCUGUGGUUGCUGCUGCUUUGAGACUUUCGGAAAAAUCAGCAGUUCUGAUGCCUUGACCCCUGUGAUGACUAGCAACCAUUGCAGGGGGAGCCCUUGGACUUGAACUUGGAGUGGCUCUGCUGUACUCAGUGGAUGACCUAGUGCCAAUCCCUAGGGGUUCAGGAAGAUCCCCAUAUCUCACUGAGCACACAAAGGGGAAGAUGUUUCUCUGCCUUCUUGAGAUCUUAUUUUUUAAUUUUUAUUUUUGGAUGUCAGCAGGGCAGGGGGUACAUUAUGCUGUUUCUUGACUACUAGAGUAGUGGUACUUGAGAUUUAAAAACCUCGUCAAUGCAUUUGGAGAGAGAAAAUGGCUUCCAGUCCUUGCACUGUGCUUUUCAAGGGGUGAUUAUAUCUCCAGAAAAAAAUUCUACGUUUGGCACACCCUGGAACACUUUGAUUUGGUCUGAAAUGAAGUGAACUCAAUGGAUAAAUAAUUAGCUUGCUGGAACAUGAGGCAUCUUAAAGCAAGAUACAUCAUUUAUUCUGAACUCACUCCCAAGUGCAACAGUUUCUUCUAAGUUGCUGAUUACAUUUUUAGAUUCAUACCAUGCCUUUUCACAAAAUCUCUACCAUCACCCUGCUCUGGUCUGAUGGGCAGUUCAUUCCCUCUUAAACAUGAUAGUUUGGGGGAGGCAAUGCAAAAGUAUCUGUUUAUGGUUAGUCUUUAAAAUGCCAACCUUCAAAAUAAUGCUGAUAGUCACAGAGCUUUCCUCAAGCCCAAGGCAGGUGUCAUCAAGAGGAGAUGAUCUGUGUACCCAGGGAAGGACAGUGCCUGGCUUCCAGUGUUUGUGUGACUGGGAAGUAGCUCCCCAGUCUGGGUAAACACAAACAUUUAGAAAGCCAAUACGAUACCUAUGUAGAUUCUCCUGUGGGUCAGUGGUUGUAAGGAAAUAAGGCAAGGGGCUCACUCUUUGAGCAUAACUGAUUUCUGGUUGCAAAUUUCUUAUUCCUUAGAUCACAGUCCAAUCGCUAUUGGUUAUUUAAUAAGGGACAUAAGCACUACUGUAGGUGACAUUUAGGGGACAGAAAGAUAUGGGCUGUAGAAAACAAAGUAUGCGAUGUCUGUAUGAAGAUAAGACUUUGAAAAGCCUCCCCAAAAUUCCAUUGCACAAUCAACACCAGGCUCACCACUUGGCCUCUUGUUUCUAAGUAACUAUCCAGUUGAGACUGGCUAGAAUGAUGCCCUCAUUUCUAGCCAUGAAUUGUUGUCCCGAUAGCAAUGGGUAAGAAUAACCUAGUAGCCCUGUCAGUGAGGAUAGACAACUUACAUGGCUAAUCUCUAAGCCCUCCCAGCCAUAGCAUACCCUUGGAUAACUAAUGACUCCAUACUCCCAACUUUGGAGUAAAGAGGGAGGUAGAUAGAGGGAAACGUGAAAUUUACUGAAAGCCACGUGUCCAUUUCAUGGUUGUGCUAGCUGUAAAAAUCUACUCACAGCCUGUGCCCUCACACUAUGACGCAUGUCUCUUUUUCUUUUGGGCCAUUCAUUUAUCCAAAGUUGGUUUCUCAAAUCCCUGUUGAGCUUAAAAUGUUUCAUUUUCUUUAAAAAAGAAAGAACACGCGCGCGCGCACACACACACACACACACACACAAAGAGCGAGCCCUGUGACUUCAGUGUUAUGUUACUGUGCUAUGUUUAGCUGAUGCUAUUCAUUGAGUCUGGAAAAAUACAAGCCAGUGCAUGCAUUAAUCCUCCUUGACCACAGAGGGCUGGCAUUCACUCAGAUACUAAACGGUACACAAGGGUCUGAUUGGAAUUCCUGCAUGGAAGGGUGUUUUCAGUUCUGUGGCGUGGACUCUUCCCCCAGAUUGGGCAGGAGGUCUUCUGCAGGAACUUCAGCUUCCAUUCUGACUCAUGUUGGCAGAUAAAGCUGCCCCAGGCCUGUCACACGUGGAAGGGACAACUUAGGUCACAUACAGUCAUGAUUUCUCGGCCACCUGAAUCCACUUGAUGAUCCCACAAUUAGUGGGUGUGCUUUAUUUUUUAUUUUUCAAGGUUUAGAAAGGAGACUGCUUUGAGAGCAGAACUUGUUUGAAUCUUGCACAUUUGGAUGGGAAGGUGAAUAGCCCCACCCGCGUGGCAAGCAUUUUAUAGGAGAGCUGAGGCAAGCUGAUGAUUACAGGCUGAGUUAUAGCGGAGCAGGAGAUGAUCAGCCUUCACUCCAUGUCUGCAUGGGCAGACAGCAAGAGCCUAUAACUUGAUAGAUUGAGAAGCUGGUGGGAAAGGGGACUUAGCAAAGCUGGGAAUCAAACCAGAUGCCGGUGUGGACUCAGAGUGGACUCUGGCUGCACUGGGGCUCUUGUCAAUUUUUCCAAGAAAUGGUCAGGAUUUGAGAGACUAUAUUUCACCUUCUCCCUCUCAGUGGACAAAUAGACUUUGCUCACUCCCAUCAGCACUUGGCAUUUCCCCUUUCUUCAGCAAAUGGAGAACACAAAACAGUGGGCACUUCCCACGGACUGGAGAGAUGUCUUCAAAUUAUUGAGAAGAAAGCAUACCCAUGUUUGGAAUUUGGAAGACACCAACUUUACACAGAAUUGGUUGAUAUUUAAUAAUGUAAUAAUGUUCCCAUUUGCAACAUGAAAAAAAUCCUUUGGAAGGAAUUCUCCUCUGAGCUAGCUUGGAGCAAAGAUUUCCAGGUUGAAAUUAGAUAA